AUGUUCAAAAACUCCCAACACAAGGAUUUGUCGUAUUUCGACAUCAGGCUCAAGCUGGAACACAAGAACACCAUCUUGGUGAAGGGAUCCGAGUUCGACGUGGACUCCGUGCCGGUUACGGGAUCCGUGAAGAUACUGACCAAGGAGGAUUUACACGUGAGGCGUGUCAAACUCCAGCUUAUAGGAGAGUACCAGGCCGAGUACUAUGAGAGAAUGUCCAACGGUCAAGUUGCAGGCCAGGUCACUGAGAGAAACUGUGUGCUUAAGGUGCAAUGGCCCAAUUUGUUGACUUCAAGCGAGGGAGAAUUGCAAUAUGGCGAUUACGGCGAUUCCAUGGUGAAGAUGUCCAAGCUCGACUCCCACUUGAAGAAGUCGUCCAGAGAGAACUCGGUGACGUCCUUGUCUCAGCUCGACAAGAACGCUUCCAACACGUCUUUGGCAGAUACCCCUACGAAAAAGAGACCUUCGUAUUCAAGAGCAAAGUCCCAGGGCAUGUUAACCUCUGUCAAGCCCACGUUGUUCACUAUUCCCAAAUCUGGCGUUGAUGGUACACCUUAUCCACUGAAGACCACUGGAAAACUGGACCUUCACUCGUUUUUGCUCCCCCAGGGCAACUACAGCAUGCCUUUCAGCAUCAUGCUUCCUGCAAACGUGUCUGAGUCCGUGGACUGCUUGCCUAUUGCCAAACUCAGGUACAAGCUUGUUUGCACUGUGGAAAGAGGCCGCCUUGAAAAGGCCUAUUCUGCUGCGAAGCACGUUCGUAUAGUGAGGACUUUGCACCCACACAGCGUUAAUUUGACCGAUCUGAUUGAAUACGGCAAUACGUGGCCAGGCAAGGUGGAGUUUAGCGUUUCGCUGCCUCGAAAAGCCUUGGCUUUGGGUACCAAGAUGCCCAUCAAGUUGACAAUUGUGCCUUUGGUGAAGGGUCUUUCUUUUAAGUCGAUGUACGCCGAGGUUGUACAGCACAACGGUACUAAAGGUAUCACUGGAGAGUCUCCUCAGUUCGAGGCCAUCAUCAACAGACAAAAGCUUGCAAACGAGUAUACGCAUUUUGAUGAGGACCACUGGGUGGUAAAGUCCCACUACAGGCUUCCAUCGUCACUUAAAGACGUUACGCAAACGUGCACGCUUAAGAACGGAAUCAUCACAGUCAAGCACAGAGUUAGAGUGCUGAUCCAUAUUAAAAACGCCGACGGCCAUGUUUCUGAGCUCAGAGCAAAUCUCCCCGUGCACGUAUUUAUGAGUCCCAAGUACGGAACAAUCACUACUCGUCACUACGAAAUCGACCAGCACCAUGGUCUCUUCACCACUGCUCCAGACCCAGAUCGUGAAGACACCGUUUUCCACAGAAAGGAGUCCCAGCCUCCUUCUGAAGACGAACUGUCCAGUGAAGACUCGUACGCUGCUGACCGUGAAGAAGACAAUGCUCCUCCAGUGUACCAACAGCACAUGUUUGACAUGGUGUAUGAUCAGCUGAGCCCUAGGUCUCCGCUCGAACAGCUCCGUGUCAACGGUGUCAAAAACGCCCUUGAGGGGUACUUUGAUAUUCCCUUGCUGAAAUCAGGAACUCUGUCGCCACCAUUAGACUUGAAUGUGCUACUGAAGGUGCCCAGUUACGAGAAGGCUUUGGACGACGACUCCGAGGGCGAGGAGCCUGCUCCCAACUACAUCAACGAUGAUGACUUGCUGCGUGCUUUUGGCUCGCUUAAUGCAAAACUUCUGGAAAGAAGUGCUUCCAUGUCAGACAUUCAGCUCAAUUUUCCUCGUAAGAUGAAGGCAGCAUUGACAACCCCACCCCCUAGAAGCCCCGAGGGAGCGUCACCAAACACAAAACACCAGUUCCGCUUGCGCUUCUCCCACAAGCACAAACCUUCACGAUAA